UCCUAUCCAUCAAUGGCAAAUCAUGUGAAGAAAGGGUCGUGGACGGCGGACGAAGACUCCUUGCUUUCCCAUUACGUUACUCUUCACGGCGAGGGCCACUGGAACUCCGUCGCUCAUUCUACCGGGUUGAAGAGAACCGGGAAAAGCUGUCGCCUGAGGUGGCUGAAUUAUCUCCGCCCCAAUGUCCGCCGUGGAAAUAUUACUCUUCAAGAACAGCUUGUCAUUCUUCAACUUCACUCCCGUUGGGGCAAUCGGUGGUCGAAAAUAGCUCGGUUUCUACCGGAAAGAACCGACAACGAGAUAAAAAAUUACUGGAGAACCCGAGUUCAAAAGCAAGCCAAACAGCUCAAGUGUGAUGUUAAUAGUAAGCGUUUUCGUGACACGAUGAGAUUGGUUUGGAUCCCCCGCUUGGUCGAGCGUAUUGCAGCCACCUCUGGUCAAUCUUUGCCGGCGUGCACCGAGACCUCCACGUCAACUCCUACAAUUUCAGAAUCCACGUGGGAUGACAAUAGUGUCAAUGCGGACACGUCAGGUUGGGGAGACGGGUUUGAGGCGGGUUGGUGGGAAGAAGACGGGGUUGAGUCAUCAUUUGAGAGCUUGUGGACUGAGGAAAACAUUCGUUUCUUACAACAACAGCUGUUUGAUUAG